GGAGCUGUCCUGUAUGUGCAGAGCUCACCGCUGGUGGAAGAGCUACUCCGUUGCUACGUCACCACAUUUCACCGAAUGCUUUAAAACAGCUUGGAAAAGCCUAGAAGUUCAUCCUGAGAAGCUUCCAGAAACAGAGUUAAGAUGAGGGAUGCUGCUCUCCUACUCACGUCCUGUGUAGUUAUGUUUCUCCUCCUGAGCUUCAGCUGCGCUGCCAGACAAGGACAGGACAUCAGAUGUGGAGCCUGCAGGGCUCUAGUCGAUGAGAUGGAGUGGGCCAUAUCCCAGGUAGAUCCAAAGAAAAUGAUCCAGACUGGAUCCUUCAGGAUCAAUCCGGAUGGGAGUCAGUCCAUCAGAGAGAUUCCCCUGGCACGCUCAGAGGGAAACCUCCUGGAUCUGAUGGAGAGUGUGUGUGAGAGGAUGGAGGACUACGGAGAGCGCACGGAUCCGUCCACUAACAGGAAGUCCUACGUCAGGGUCAAGUCUCGGACCGGUGAGGACAUGGACCUCUCAGAGGCCGCGUUGGACUCAAGAGUGACAUCCAGCUUAAAAUUUGCAUGUGAAACAAUUGUCGAACAUCACGAAGAUGAAAUUAUCGAAUUCUUCGCUCAUGAAACGGACAAUGUGAAAGACAAACUCUGCAGUAAAAGGACAGACCUCUGUGACCACGCCUUAAACAUUCCCCAUGAUGAGCUUUGAUAUUCUCUCGUCAGAGCUGCGAUCUCUGACACAAACCAAAUCUUCUGGUGCUGUAAAGUCUCAUGACAUUGCCUCAAGAUGUAAACAAAUCUUUUUGUAUAGGAUCACAGAGAAUUUAGGAGAACUUGCCGUCUAAUUAUGCUGUGUUGUUCUUGGUUACCGAUCCAGUUACUGUAUGUUAUAUAUUUGUUUCUUUCAUUCCCAUCAAACAUUCCUCAUUAAACUCAAACUGUGAACAAUAGGAAUUAAUGUUUAGUGUCAUGUUGGAAAUUUGAAAUGGCACUUAAAGUUCAUUUAUCAGUCCAGAUUUAUAGCGUUAAUUUGAGGCUUUCCUGACUUGUUUUUCUUUAGUCUAUUAAGUCAAUCUAAAGAUUGACUUUAAUCUGAGAUUGACUUUAAAAACUUUACAAAUAAAUUUUAUUUAAGUGAAGUUAGGUUUUCCAUGGCAAAUAUUUCUUGAGUAAUCCUGACGUUUUGAAAAGUACCUCCCCAACAACUGCACAAUUUGAUUGUAACAACUACCACAAUUCAAUUACAUGGUGCACAGACUGCAUACACCCUUCUGUUUUACAGAAGGAUCUAUGAAUCCACCAACAUAUACCUACACUUUAUGCUCAUGUUUAGCAAAUUUCUAUAAAUUUUGAUGUGGUAGUUUUUGCACAACCUGGAUUACAAACGUCUAGCAUUAGAAGAAAACCUUCAUGUCUGUAAGCCAGACUUUCUUCAAUCCCAAGAGUAUGUCCAUGUUUCAGUUUCAGCUUUUUCACUAUAAAAACUAAUAAACAGAUGAUUUAAAAAAAAAUAAAAAAUUUCAUCAAGA